CGCGCAAGGUGCAGAAGGCCCCAGUUGUCCUUGGGGUUGCAAAGAACAACGAGAUCAACCUGAAAAAGUGAGUAGCCAGAUCAAUGAGAAAAACUCCCCCGACAGAGACUCCUGCAGAGCCCAAGAAGGUUCCUGUGCCAGAGGAACCUGCGCCUGUGCAGGUACCAACAGUGGAGGACAUAGACAAGGAGCAGCUGGGUGACCCCUACGCCAGUGCAGAGUAUGCCAAGGAGAUCUUUGACUAUAUGCGGGAGAGAGAGGAGAAAUUUGUGCUCCCCAACUACAUGGAGAAGCAGCCAGACAUCAGUGGGGACAUGCGAGCCAUCCUGGUGGACUGGAUGGUGGAAGUGCAGGAAAACUUCGAGCUGAAUCACGAGACUCUAUACUUGGCAGUGAAGCUGGUGGACCACUACCUGGUGGAGGUGGUGAGCAUGAGGGAUAAGCUGCAGCUCAUUGGCUCUACGGCCAUCCUCAUUGCCUCCAAAUUUGAGGAGCGGUGCCCUCCGUGUGUGGAUGACUUCCUGUACAUCUGUGAUGAUGCCUACAAGCGGGAAGAGCUCAUUGCCAUGGAGAUGAGCAUCCUCCGCACUCUGAAGUUUGAUAUCAACAUCCCCAUCCCCUACCGGUUCCUGCGACGCUUUGCCAAGUGUGCUCGUGCCAACAUGGAGACCCUGACGCUAGCCCGCUUCCUCUGUGAGAUGACCCUGCAGGAGUACGACUACGUCCGGGAAAGCCCCUCCAAGCUGGCUGCCAGCUGCCUGCUCCUGGCGCUCACCAUGAGGAACCUCGGAGGUUGGACACCCACACUGGAGUACUACAGUGGGUACCGCUCCCAGGACCUGCAUCCCCUAGUGAAGAGGCUGAACUUUCUACUCACAUAUCAACCCCAUGACAAGCUGAAAGCUGUACGCACCAAGUACUCACACAGGGUCUUCUUUGAGGUCGCCAAGGCCACCCCCAUGGACAUGCUGAAGCUGGAGGAGAUACUGAAGAGCUAGCCCUGACUCUGUAAAUAGUCUGUAAAUAGCCAGGUGCUCUCUGGCAUGGGAGUGCUAUGUAUAUAGAUAAUGUGAUUGUUUUAACUAAA